GGUAACCUGUACAGGAAAUGGAAAGAAAAUGGUGAAAUUCUCUGUGAGAAAUUGAGCAGAAAUUUCAUUUCCAGGGGAACAUUAUUCUCAAUUCAGUGGAUCACGAAAUAGUCACAAGGAAUACAAGUCCCGGCUCUGAUGCACAGAGAUGAAGAGGGAAAACCCCGUGAUAAAUUGUGAGCACUGUGGGAAGCAAUAUAAAUUUGAAGGGAGUCUCAAAAAGCACAUUGCAAAAGCUCAUGUUGGGCAGAAGGAGAGAAAAGUCCCUCUUGACAAGGAAGCUCCUAAGAGUCAAGAAAACAGAGAUGAGGGAUCAGAAAGUGAUUCAGAAAUCAGUGAUAGAAGCAAUAAGAACUCUUCCAAAGGGAUUGAAUUCAUCAGCAUUCGGGAAAGUUCUCCAGAAGGUCAGAAGGAGAAGAAGAAAUUCCUCACGAGCACGGUGAGGAUAAAGGAAAGUGGUGAGAAGGAGUAUCUCUGUGUAAUUUGUCAGAAAGCCUAUCCGAGGCCCAGCCGUUUGAGACGGCACUUCCGGAAGCACACUGGAGAGAGGAGGACCAAAUGGUUCAAUUGUAGCACUUGCAGGAAACAAUUCUCAACGGAGGCCAAAUUGGAGAAGCACAAUCUUCGGAGGCAUUCCUUGGAGACUUCUUCAGGAAAGAAGAUUCCAGCUGAAGAUGAGGGAAGCAAUUCAGUCAUUUGCCAUAGCCCUGAUGCGAAAAACAUCUCGGAGGAGGACAUAAAAUUAGAACCUGAUGAAGCAGAAGAUAGUGAUGAAGUAGAUGGAUUUGCUGACUUCUGUACUGAGGAAGUCAGAAAGGAGGAAGAAGAGAGUCCAAAUGAAAUGAAACAGGAAGAAAUUGAAGAAAAGCCAAAGAUCAGGAAGAAACGUGGCCCAAAGCCCAAGGAACAGAAGCCAUCCACUCAGAAACGUGGAGGUCCAUUUAAAUGUACCUUCUGCCGCCUUUCGUAUUCCGCUCAAAAGUACCUGGAUAGGCACUUACUCUAUCACACGGAGAAGGAAAAGCCUUUUCCGUGCAAGUCUUGCGAUCAAAUCUUCGAGAAAUCCUGCGAGUUGCGCUUCCACAGGGAAAAAGUUCAUGCUCAGGAGAAAUGUGAAGUUUGUGGAGAGAUGGUGACAUCGUUGCAUGAUCGCCAGAGGCAUCGGACGAUGCAUGCUGAGGAUAAGUAUAGAUUUGAGUGUCACUUCUGCCAGAAGCGACUGUGUAGACUUCAAUCGCUGCAGCAUCACAUCGAGAGGACUCAUAUGGGAGACAAGUUCAAAUGUGAGAUUUGUACGAAGGGUUUUCCACGAGUAGGGCUUCUGAUGACGCAUUCAAUUGCCAAGCACAACGAUGAUAAGCCUUUUAGCUGCAAGAUGUGUGGGUUCAAAGUCAACAGAAUGGCCAGUCUUCGGUCGCACAUGAUUACGCACACGAAGGAGAAGAAUUUCCAUUGCGAAACUUGUGGGAAGGCUUUUGGUCAUUCGAGCACUUUUUAUAAACAUUUGAGGAUGCAUGAGAGAACGAAGGUGCCACAGGUGAAAAAGGAUCAAGAGGAAGUGGCUAGGGAGCGGGCUUCUCGGGAGAGGUUGUUUCAGUGCGAAGUCUGUGCUAAAGCCUUCAUCCGGAUGGCUGAUUUGAAGCUCCAUUUGCGGUUUCACAGCGAUGUUCGGCCGUACAAGUGCACAGUUUGCCCAAAAGCCUUCCACUCGUCGUCCAUCAUGAAGAACCACAUUGACAGGCAUUUUGGUAUCCGGAAGCAUGUUUGCAAGCACUGCGGGAAUACCUAUACUGAUCCCACGGGACUCAGACGUCAUCUAGUCAAGCAUGGAGAUACAGCAGUCAAGACCUUCGAUUGCGAAUUAUGUGGGAAGGUCUUUGUGCAGAAGUACCAGUUGACAAGGCAUUCAGCAACUCAUAUCCCAGGAUCACAGUCCAGGAGACGCGGUGGUAUGCAGCCUCAGGUGAAACGGCAGGAAUUUCAGUGUAGAGUCUGCGAGAAGACCUACAUCAACAAGACGGGGCUCAAGAAGCACAUGGUGAAGCACGGAAGUGGGAAGCAGAUUGAAUGUCCGCAGUGCAAUAAGAGGUAUUUGGAUGCAGAAGAACUGGGAAGGCAUCUGGAUACCCAUGUUAAUCCUGUCGUUACGAACAUUUCCUACCCAAAUCUCAUUGUUGCUCCUACAGUGGCUCAAGAUGUAAGUCUGCAGCCUCAACAAAUUAUCAUUUUGCCCACGGACGGAUCUUGAGGAUCUGUCUAAUCUCCAGAAGGAAGAAAAAUUCAUAAAUGCUUCCUUUUGCAAAUUGACUUCUAGCGGACGGAUCAAGUACAAAAUCCCAAAGAUACAUAGUGCAAUUGUUGAAGACAUUAAAAAAUACUGGGAAUGAAGUUGACAUCGCCAUCUAUAAGGAAGUAGGACCUAGAAAGCUUCCCAGUUUUGCACUUCUCAACGAAGUUGUUUCUGUUUGCUUUGCAGGCUGGAUUAAAAAUUGAAAUUAAAUUAAAAUAAUUUAAUUUCACAAAUUUCAGUGUCCUAGAGAGUGCCAGCAUUGUCAGCCAUUCGAAGACCUACAACUCUCUCAUAAUGAAAAAUAAAUAGGUGUGAUUAGAAGGAAUCACACCUAAAAACGGAUCAGUAGAAUCUGAACUGUGACCGCAAUCACCAGAAAACAGUAAAAAAUGUUCUGCCUAGAUUACAGGCGCAAAAGCAAUAUUAAAUCAAAAUAAGAGCUAUUUUGUGAAUAACUA